AUGGUCGACUCACUCUUGCUCUCUGAUGAUACAUUUGGUUUGUGGACGUGUAAUGAACGAGGUUCACUCGAUGUGGACAUAAGAAACACAGCUGAUAGAUGUCACGGCGCUUUGGCUGUUUUUGGAGAAGAUGUCUAUUUGGCCCAAACAAGUCAAGAUGUAAUUACUGGCGUUGAUCAGCAAGUUGUUGUUCGUUAUGGUCUUUCAUCGUUUCUUCCUUCUCAUGCAUUUUUAUCAUUUUCUCUUGAAGUGACUGCUUUGGCAACGAAUGGAAUUUAUUUAAUUGCAGGUUCAGGUGAUUUUAUGGUUAAAUCUGUCCGAUUGGAUACUACCUCAGGCCAGUCAUCCAUUGAACGUUAUGAAUUUGAAGCUGCAAUUUUAAACAUUUCAAUAAGUCCAAGUGGAGAGUAUUUCACAAUUUCGACAUCUGACGGGAAUGUCCAUAUUCGUUCAAUUCAAAAAAAUCAACAAACUUCCAAGAAACCGAUUGCCAAGUUUAAGGCCUGUAAUGAAUUCUCUAUAGCAAAUGAUUUUAUGGUUAAAUCUGUCCGAUUGGAUACCACCUCAGGCCAGUCAUCUAUUGAACGUUAUGAAUUUGAAGGCCUGUAA